CCUUGACCAUAAAUAGCACUUCAUUCUUUGGCUGACUUUUGGAUUCUCUGUUAUUGCUGUAACUUCGUCCCACAUUUUGAACCAGUAGAAUGAAGAUGUUGUACAAGAUGCCAGCUGUCAGUUUCUUAGUUGCUCUCUGCUUGGAGACCAUUGGUAAGUCUUUGUCUGCUCAGUCCAAAUGAGGUGUCAUUGCCACUAAAGCCGCAAGGCUGUGCAAACCUUUUUGAGAAAAAGUCUCAGUGAGUUCAGUAGGACUUAGUUCUGAGUAAGCAUCCAUAGGAUUAAGCUGUGACUCUUUCACAAAGAUCUUUCAGUGAAAGUCGAAGUCAUAAGCUAUGGGAACAUUUUUCAGAGUGAUCAUAGUUGUUUUUCAAUGGUGGUGUGAACCCAGCUUUGCAACUUGCCAUAUGCACAUAUCCAGGCAAGCAGAUAGGCAGGAAUGCAAGGUCCAAUUCACCAUACACUCAAAAAUCAAGGGGGGGAAAUGUUUGGAAAACAAAAGGUCACUUGCAACACCCAUCCACCCAUGAGAGAGAGAGAGAGAGAGAGAGAGAGAGAUUUACUAUAAACCGAUUAUUGUUUCUCUUUGAAAAUAUUUUUUAUUAAUUUUCAAUUACAAAAAUCCAAUAUAUACCACAUUGUAUCCAGAACAGAUUCUUGCUCCCAAAGGUAUUCUGUUGAGCCAGUUCUAAAGGUCAUAGCCCCUUGUUUUAGAAUUCCAAUGUAAAGGCAUCUUUUCCACCCUUGAUAGGAAAAGCUACGUUUGUGAUGGCUGUUUUGUAACAGCAAGGAGCACAAACUAUGCUUUCUCUUGCAUCUGGCAUUGAAAUUCAGGCAGUUCUGCACAGCUUCUCCUGCCUUCUUACAAUUCCCAACAAGCCAGGUUUAGAGCAGCCACUUUCAAAGCCAAUUCCCAGGCAGGUCUGUUGGCCACUAGCCAUGCUUCCACAGGUUCCUGCCAGAAGCCCCAGAAAGGAGAUCCCACACUGGGACUGAAAUAGAACAGCUGGUACAAUCACUUCACUGUCCCACUAACAGAAGAGGAAGUGAAUGGGGUUAUAUAGUCACCCCCUUUUAGGAGACCCAACAAGAGGAACAAGCUUAUAUUCUCUUGGUGGGGGUGGGGAUGUCUGCCCCCCGGCCUAACUGGACAUGCCAUGAGUCCCAAUUUCUCCCCUGGGACCAUUUACCCCAAACUGCUGUGGUCUAAACUACUGAGCCUCUUGGGCUUGGUGAUCAGAAGGUCGGCGGUUUGAAUCCCCACAACGAGGUGAGCUCCCAUUGCUUGGUCCCAGCUCCUGCCAACCUAGCAGUUCGAAAGCAUGCCAAAAAGUGCAAGUAGAUAAAUAGGUACUGCUCCGGCAGGAAGGUAAACAGUGUUUCCGUGCACUCUGGUUUCCGUCACGGUGUUCCGUUGCACCAGAAGCAGCUUAGUCAUGUUGGCCACACGACCCGGAAAAACUGUCUGCGGACAAACACCGGCUCCCUUGGCUUGUAAAGCGAGAUGAGCACCACAACCCCAGAGUCAUCUGCGACUGGACUUACCGUAACUGUCAGGGUUCCUUUACCUUUUUACACCCCCCCUGCCCCACACUUGAUGUGAUAUGUGACAUCAGGUGCUGGUCAGGUAGCAAUGUGGCUGCCAAUGUGCAAUGCAGGGGGGCUUGAAGCAUGCUCCUGAUUGUGCACUGGCAAUCAGCUGAUUGGCACUGGUUUUCAGCAUAAAAGGAUCAGCUGCAAUACUGAUCCCAGCAGAAAAGCAGAGCUGAACAUUAGCAGUCACUUCAAGCCCUGUUUGGCUAGGCAGUCUCUGUUCACCUCUUGAUAUGGGCCCCCAAGGGUAGGGAAACCCAGGAUCUGUCUUGCCAGCCGGGUCCUGUUCCCCACCCCUGUCUUAGUACUAAAUGAGCAAGAGGCUAGGCCUAAUUGGGCUAGGUUUGCCCCCUCACUGUGGUGUUCAGUGAACAUGUCCCACAGCAGUGGAUGAAGGGACUCUGUGUUAAGAGCUUCAGUGUGUGAAGGAAGACUUGGGUCUAUUCAGGUUCCCCUCUCUUGUAGGAGAACUCUAGUUGUGUGGACAUGUAUUGGUCACACCCAGAGAUUAUUUUUUUCCAGUCAGAACUUUCAGGUGGGUGCCAUUGCCAUUCUAAGAGUAUGAGGGAGGUGUUUCAUGGUGAGUUCCGGUACCUCUUUUUCUAGAAAAAUGGCACUGAUGACAUCACAUCACAUGCUGCCUGAACAGGUGGUUGGUGGGACUGCAUAGUUAAUCAGUGUAUUGAAUUCCCCCCCCCCCCCAGAGGUAAAAGCGAAUAGCAGAGAUCUCAGGUGUCAUGGCUGUGAUGAUGUACAACCGGACAAUACAUGCGCAAAACACAAAUUCACCUGUAUUACUGAAAGCACUGGGUAUUGUUACAACAGAAUGGUGAGCUAUGGUGAGUCUUAAAGGGAAAAUGGGAUGGGGAGUUGGAUUUGACUGGCAAGCCAGAUUAUUAUCUCCCUCAGCCAUUGCAGACCAGGUUUCGACAGGUGAAUAGAGUUAUCCUACUUUCAGUCACCUGAUGCCCAGUGAAGGCUGGCCUAUUAGGGCCAAGGAGACACUGCCCCACCAAACUCAGUCUGCCCUCAGCCAGCCCUCACUUGCCCUGCUGAAAUAUACUCGGAGUCGAGUGUGGAUUUCAUGCUCUUUAUUCAGCUCAUAGUAGUAAGGAAUGAAAGUUCCCCCAAAAUAUCUGCUUUAUAUACAUUAUUUACACAAUGGGUCGCAUGUGAUUGGCUAAUUCUGGGGAUUCUCCUGUAGGCCAAUCAGCUUGCGGAUUCACUUCCACCUGGAGCUGGAUUGGGUGGCUCCUACGGACCAAUCAUACUGCUGCAUUGUUCUAGGACCAAUCAGACUGCUGCAUUCUGGACCCUAUUGUUUAGGACCAAUCAGACUGCUGCAUUCUGAAUCCUAUUGUUCUAGGACCAAUCAGACUGCUGCUUUUUUGGAUCCUAUUCAACUCAGUACAUAACACCUGCCUUCUUAAUUACAACCAGUCCAGAGGGUGAAACUGGGGGGUCAGCUUCCUCCUCCUGAAUCUCAAUGAGGAGGAGGAUUGAGGGGGGAGGACACUUGAAUUGGCUCUCUUCCAUGAACUCUGGUUUCACUUACUGUCAGAGGUCCCUGCUUGCUGCCCCACCAGCCGCAAAGAGCACCAACCACCACAGACCAGAAGAAAAGGGAAAGGCACAGAUAGCUAGAUAAACUAGAGCAAAAGUAGAGAACCUAAGGCCCGGGGGCUGGAUGCAGCCCAAUCGCCUUCUAAGGCCCAGGAAUCAGCAUGUUUUUACAUGAGUAGAAUGUGUCCUUUUAUUUAAAAUACAUCUCUGGGUUAUUUGUGGGGCCUGCCUGGUGUUUUUACAUGAGUAGAAUGUGUGCUUUUAUUUAAAAUGCAUCUCUGGGUUAUUUGUGGGGCAUAGGAAUUUGUUCAUCCCCCCCCCCCAAAAAAAAAUAAUAGUCUGGCCCACCACAUGGUCUGAGGGAUGGUGGACCAGUCCACGGCUGAAAAAGGUUGCUGUGCCCCGGAACUAGAGCCAUGUCUUUAUUUGAUGUCAACAAACUGGGAUCUGUAGUCAUCCCCCAUUACAGAAACUAAAGCUUGGUCUGCCUAUCAUUGGCUCUGUGUUCACCUACUGUUGGCCUGUCUGCUUUUGAUGGGCACUAGCCACAAAUGCUGAUGUCACAAUGACACCAGUUGACCUUUUUUUGCCCACAUGGGUCUUACAAAGAUAGUGCUUUGCAUGGGGCAUCUAAAGACCCAACAAUCAGCUGGCAGCCGAAUCUCACCAAGCCUCUUUGAAAGCAUUGUUGGAACUUCAGAAGCCCCUUUCAAAGUGCUGACUUGUGGAGCACUUUGCUGUGGAUUCACCCUUGCUGAACGCCAUAUGUGCCGAGUUAAUCCUGUGUGGAAUGCCCGCACUGCAACUUUGAGGCCAAAGUAGAUGUGUGACAGCAGCAAACCUAUGUGUCCUAAUCAGGCGACUCCUGAAUUCCUGUAAAGGGGGAUGCAAAGUGAAUUAAUGCAAUUGGAGAAGUGUUUGUUUUUGAACCUCCUCAAAUAUUAGCGGUAGCAGUUGUACUUAGGAAAGCAUAACUACAUUUUUGCAUGCCUGUCCAAGUAGAGUUUUCUCACAUUCGGGAAUGUUUGAAAUAUUUCCACCACAAAUUCGUUGCCACCCAAGGCUGACUCUUCUCUAUUUUUGUCUCUUUUCAUGGGCACAGAUGAUGCAACACUGUUCGUGGACCGAGGCUGCGUUGGUACUUGUAUUCAUCUACGACGAGAUGCGCACUAUAGGAAUCUUACCUGGUGCUGUCAAACUAAUUACUGCAAUAUGGAAAAUAUCUGGCCCCAUGAUGUCCCAUCAGAGCUAAUAAUAACAUAACAGCAUAACAAUGGUUUGAGACAGGGAUUCUGGGAGCUUGUGUAGCAAUGUGCCCAUUCUCUCCCCUACUCCCAAUCACAACGCAUCUUGUGCCUUUCUUUCUUUCUUGCAUUGCUUUGUCAAAGGAAUUACAUGUUACAUUUAUGCCAUUUUUAAUCCAUGUUACUUUGUAAAUACUAUAUAAUGUUUCCCUUUAUGUCACUACAUCAUUCUUCAAUGUUCAUAAUAUUUUCUCCUUCAUCCAUUUUCUGGAUGAAGCAGUGUGUAUCAAUAAGCCAAUAAAUUCAUUUCUACUGCAGCCUGAUUAAUGCAUAUAAUUUCACAAGAUAUAUAUACCACUUGAUUGUAAUAAAAUAUCAAAGCAGUUGCUCUUGAUCAAUAGUUAUGCUAUACCCCCUGACUCACUGGGUUUCUAAAGUGCAAUUUGCAAGACAGAUUAGAUCACCAACAUCAUUGUUAGAUAAACCCACCAGAGUAGGAGAGGCAUAGCUGUCAAUGUUUCCCUUUUUUAAAGGGAAAUUCCAUUAUUCCGAAUAGGAUUCCUCGCAAGAAAAGGGAAAAGUUGACAGCUAUGAGGAGAGGCCCACAAGGCCAAGGGCCUCCUAAAACCUGGAGAUGCCCCUCAUUGGCAAUGACAGUCACAAAAAGAUAUUGAACUAGGAACUCAGCUAGAU